GGUUUGCUUUCCAGUAGAAUUUUUAAGAUGGAGAAACCCAAACCGCCAAAAGGUAUUAAAGUGUGUGCUGUCUGUGGAGCGAAAAACGUUCGAGUAAUGCACAUAAAUGGUGACAUAGGUAGGGCCAAGAAUCUCGCAGGCCUCGUCCAGAAAUAUGGUGAAAUAACUGUUUUUGGUGUAAUGUGUUUGAAGUGUGUACGAAGAGUGCUUAUCAUACAUAAGCAUGCAACAAGAUUUCACGAUUUGUGUCAUAAGAAAGGCAUUGAUAACAAUGGGGACGUCUUAUCUCGAGGCUGUCAACUUCCUGUGAAUGACGGGACAGACACCUUAGACUUGGCUUAUUGUUUACAGUCACUGCAACAAAUGCAGUCUCGGUCACCGGUGAUACAUCUACCCCAAGCAAACAUUGGUUUGAAACAUUUAACUCUGAAGUCAAUUGACAUGCCAUUGUCUGUGCUAAGACCUAUCGCUCCUAAGCCACCCCAGAGUGAUGUGCGCAUACCUGGCAACGAUUCUCUUGUUGAUGGGACGCCUACUUCUAUUUUGGAUCUUGGGUCUAGGACUAACUCACAGGAGCUCCAAGCUAACCAAAGUGUUUCCACUCAACUCUACGAGUCUGUUAUCACAAGUUUAAUUGAGGGUGCUUUAGAUCCCGAUGCAGGCAGCCCACCUCCUCCCAAAAAGCCGAAGCUACACAAGCAUCAUGACGAUUGGGACUCAAAACCCUUUGGUGAUCAUACAUACGGCAAAGCAUUAACUGCAGAAGAAAUUCUGAAAAAGCAUGCUGAUGAGUGGAUAGAUUUACUAUCGGCUGAUCUUCUCCGCCAAAAGUCCCAAGAAAUGAUAAGUCCAGACAAUCAAAAUAUCCUUUUAAUCAAAGCAUCUGAAGGUAAAUUGAGCAAGAUUGCAGAAGCCGUCUUAAAAAUGCCAAAACUCAGAGCACAAAUCAUGGCUUGCUUGAUGUCGGACGUGAGUAACGCUCUAACUCGCAUCUCAAAUCGGAAACGUGGGAAUUUAAGUUGCCUGAAACCGAAAGGUUUUGAAGAUAAUAUGAACUUCGACUGGAACAGUGUUAUCCGAGAAAUGGAUUUGGUUUCGCCAGAGUUGCUGAAGCUCUGUAUGGCUAUGCUCUUCAAGCCGGAUAAAACCCAGCUGAACUCAGUCAGGAUGGCUAAGGAGACCAUACCAAAGAUCGGAGUUGUCUUCGCCGUUCUUGUCCAAGGUCGAUUCAGAGAGUUGACCAAAGUGCAGCGCAUUAUUAGUCUGGUGCUUCGUAGAAAUGGUUGCAACGGAAAGGCUGUAUGGCAGAAGAUGAACCCACUGGGUCUGUGUCUCUCCUACACAAGUAUGAUCACUUUGGAGCACGGACUAUGUGCCAACCAAACUACCUCCCAAAGUUCCAAGAUCACUGCUGGUGGUACUCAAGAAGAUAGCGCAACAGUACUUGCCCAAGAAGCCAAAAAGGGAAUCACAUUCGAGAGCACGAAAACACCAGCUAAGAAACCUAUCCUUAAAAUAAUUCGAAAAACUGUCACUUCUGACCAAGGAUCAGGUACUACAAACAAAAUCCCUGACUACUCAAGUGGUGAGUUUUCCAACGGAGGACCUGGCACUGGAACCGAUGAAGCUUUCCCUGUGCCUGCUGUAGCCACCACAAAUACAAUGGCUAUUGAGAAUGCAGCAUCACGAAUGAGUAUGGGAGCAGUACUCGCCCAAGAAGCCAAAAGGGGAACCACACUCGAGAGCAAGGAAACACCAGCUAAGAAACCUAUCCUUAAAAUAAUUCGAAAAACUGUCACUUCCGACCCAGGAUCAGGUACUACAAACAACAUCCUCGACUGCUCAAGUGGUGAGUUUUCCAACGAAGGACCUGGCACUGGAACCUAUGAAGCUGUCCCUCUGCCUGCUGUAGCCACCACAAAUACAAUGGCUAUUGAGAAUGCAGCAUCAAAAAUGAGUACUAUUACCUCGGAGCUGAAUACUCAAAACUACUCAUCAGAACUCAAACGUCUUGCAACGCAGGUUUCUGACACCCAACAGGACGAUUUGUCGGAUAGUGAUUUUGUUUUUCAAGGAAUUACUUUUUAAAAUCAUAAUUUGGGUCAAAUUUGGUGGAGAUGGUUCAUGCACAGGGAAAUCCUGCUAAGAAAAAGCAGGUUCUCAACCAAAAUGCAAAGGGGGAUUUUGUCGUUCUCCAAUUGCUUUCUGCUGAACAAAUGAGCUCAUUUGUGAGGACCAUUGACUUAGCCCAAUUUCAUAAAGCUGUUAAGCAGAAAAUACUGCCUAGCAGAUUCUUUUCCUAUUAAGCA